GGAAGUAAAUAUUUAAAAUAGGCUUUCCAAAUAUAAAAUUAUUGAAGAAGAAAAAUAAAAAAAAAAACAAAAAUUUUCUCAGGUGUUUGAACGUUUGAACUGUGUGUAGCUGAACGAUUGUACAAUAUAUACAUAUAGUUUUUGGUUCUCGGUUUAUGAAUUAGUCACUUUCUUUCACUUCUCUUAAAAUAAACGCAAAGGUGUGUAGUACAUUAUACACAAAAAGUAACAACAACAAAAAAACGCUAAUCAAAAGUAUAAUUUGUUAUAAAUUGUAAUCAACACCUAAGGCACUUAUACGGCUAUUAUACGUUCGGCAGAUAAUAAAAUAAAUUCCAGAUAGGUUAAAACGGUUAUAAUUUAUGUUGUGCUUUGUGUGUUUGGCAUUUAUAGUUCUCGUUAAACUUUUAGGAUUAAUAUUUUUUUGCGAUAGUCGAGAUAACGGCAUAACAUUAUAAGUGACACAUACAUAACUCGCCAUUAUAUAUACAUUUACCAAAUAUAGUCCAACAAAUUGAAGAAAUGUGCAAAUGUAAAACUGAUUAUAAAGCUGAAAAAUGGACUUACAAAAGCACUUAAAAAAGCACAUGAAUAUAGAACACAAUGAAUGGCUAUAAAAUUGGUAUAAUUUCAAUUAGCUCAACCGCAAAUUAGUGUAAUUUUAUUUUGUGCAGUGCAGUUUCGAUUGGAUGAGUCGAAGCGUAAUGAAUUCGAUGUUCAAAAAAACAUUCGCCAAAUAUAUCAUUGUGCUGUUGAUUUGUUUUAAAAGUAAAGCGGCGAUUGGAGAAAUUUUCACAUUGGGCUAUCUGACGGGGUCACAGAGGCGAUCGGGAAAUUUGGAUUAUCACAAGCCAGGUUUGACCAUAUCUGGCGCCAUCUCAUUAGCAGUAACUGAGAUCAACUCAGGCAAACUGAAAACCCUUGGACAUUCGCUAGCAUUUAUCGUCGGUGAAACAUAUGGAGAAGAAGUUUCAAGUAUCCGACAAACUGCCAGUCUGUGGAAAAGUCACGUUGCAGGAUACAUUGGACCGCAGGAAACAUGCGUUCAUGAGGGACGAAUGGCAGCCGCGUUUAAUUUACCAAUGAUCUCAUAUUUUUGCACUCAUGCGGAAACAUCAAACAAAAAAGAUUUUCCAACAUUUGCACGAACUAGACCACCGGAUACACAGAUAUCAAAGUCGGUAGUUUCGUUACUUUUGGCAUAUAAUUGGAACAAGGUAACAUUUUUGUACUUGGAUUCCGUGGACAAUGAAUUCGGCGAUGUGGCUGAAACCGUUCUAUCAACAUUCAAAUUUCACGGCAUCGAAGUUCAUAAAGCUCUAACAUGGAACACCAUCUAUUAUCAUGGUUACGCGCAUAAUCCUUUUGAUGAAUUGGUCGAAUCAACCUUUCUCGACACAAGAAUCUACGUUAUACUAAGCCAUCAAUAUGAACAUAUUGGAUUGAUGACAAGUUUAUACAAAAAAGGUUUACUGGAUAAAGGCGAAUAUUUUGUGGUUGGUGUUGACAUCGAACAAUAUGAUUCGAGUUCACCAGACAAGUACUUAAGGGGAGUGCUCCAAGUGAAAACGGAUCCCGCAUCCGUCAUAGCUUUUCAAUCUUAUUUGGCUGUCGUUCCGUCAGCGCCAGUUUUGUUCAGCGAAUUCGCUCGACUGGUAAAUCGCUAUAUGGAAAUGGAACCAUUUAAUUAUCCCAAUCCAUUAGGGCACAUCGGUGGGGUUAAACAGAUUCCAGCCGAAGCGGCUUAUUUAUAUGAUGCUGUGCAUUUGUAUGCCCGAGCGUUGAUUAAAAUUCUUGAAUCAGAUGAAAAUCCGAAAAAUGGAACAGCCAUUGUCGAUUACAUCAAAGGAACUUCGUACUCAAGCGCCAUGGGGUAUCUGGUAUAUAUUGACGAUAAUGGUGAUGCAGCCGGUAACUAUACCAUAUUGUCCAUGAAGUCUAGUCAAAAUAAUUCCAACGAGUAUGGACUAUAUCCCAUUGGAACGUUUAAUGCACCUCAGUUGAUCGAAGUACCAGAAUUGCAACUGUUCGAUGAAAUUAAAUGGGUAGGAAGUGGUCCACCGAUAGCUGAACCGAGAUGUGGUUUUCGUGGUGAAAAAUGUAUAAGUUACACUGGAGAAAUCUCAGCUGGUAUUGCUGGUGGUGCUGUAGUUGUACUAAUAUUAGUCUCAUUGGUACUUUAUCGUAAUUGGCGAUAUGAACAAGAACUGGACAGUCUUUUAUGGAAGGUGGAUUUCAAAGAAAUCGAAAUGCACGAAAAUGAAAAGGACAAUAACAGUCAACAGAAGCAAACUAGGGCAACACAUCCGUUGAUCAGAACAAGUCAAGUUAGCUUGAGCUCAAAUCCUGAUGCUGACUUCCGUUAUUCAACCAUUUUCACGCCGAUUGGCAUUUAUAAGGGGCAACUGUAUGCGAUCAAAAAAGUGCGAAAAAAGUGCAUCGACAUUACCAGGGAAAUGAAAAUGGAACUGAAAAUGCUUCGAGAUCUACGACAUGACAAUAUAUGUGCGUUCAUUGGAGCAUGUACCGAUCCUCCGAAUAUUUGUAUCGUAACCGAGUAUUGUACAAGAGGUAGUCUUAAGGAUGUUUUGGAGAAUGAAGACGUUAAAUUAGACAAUAUGUUCACCGCUUCGAUGGUGGCGGAUAUAAUCAGGGGUAUGUUGUACUUACACGAUUCUCCAUUACGAUACCAUGGUGCGCUGAGCACCUCGAAUUGUCUAAUUGAUUCACGAUGGGUGGUCAAGUUAAGUGAUUUCGGUCUUCAGGCUUUCAAGAAAGGAAGUGAAGAAACAAACGACAUUCAAACCAUGAAUGCGAAAUGUCUAAAAUUGCUAUACAGAGCUCCGGAACUUCUUCGAUUGGGACCAGCCCACGAAAUACCUGGAACUGCAAAAGGUGACAUUUAUUCGUUCGGUAUAGUUCUGUAUGAGAUACAUACGAGACAUGGCCCAUUCGGUGAAACUGGUCUCUCACCUAUUGAAUGUUUAAAGAAAGUUCUUCAGCCCAACGACAUGACACCACCUUUUCGGCCGUCGCUUCAACCACUUGAAUCGUCUUUUGACUGUGUCAGAGAAUGUCUCAAAGAAUGUUGGUCAGAGAAAGCUGACGAUCGUCCAGAUUUGAAGGCAAUUCGAACUAAACUACGACCCUUACGCAAAGGGAUGCGUGCCAAUAUAUUCGACAAUAUGAUGGCAAUGAUGGAAAAGUAUGCGAAUAAUUUGGAAGCGCUGGUGGACGAGCGAACCGAUCAAUUGCAAGAGGAGAAAAAGAAGACCGACGCACUGUUGUUGGAAAUGUUGCCCAGGCCAGUAGCGGAACAAUUAAAGAAAGGGAAUAAAGUGGAGGCUGAGACAUAUGACAUGGUGACAAUAUACUUCAGUGAUAUUGUCGGCUUUACAGCUAUGUCUGCCGAAAGUACGCCUCUACAAGUGGUGGAUUUUCUCAAUGAUCUCUACACAUGUUUCGAUUCAAUCAUCGGAAACUACGACGUGUAUAAAGUGGAAACUAUUGGUGAUGCGUACAUGGUCGUUUCCGGACUACCGAUUAGAAAUGGAAUAUUGCAUGUGGCUGAAAUAGCAUCCAUGUCCUUACAUCUGUUGAACGCAGUGUCUGAAUUUAAAAUAAGGCAUCGACCGCACGAACAAUUGCUACUUCGAAUAGGAAUACAUAGUGGUCCUGUUGUUGCCGGUGUGGUUGGUUUGAAAAUGCCACGGUAUUGUCUGUUCGGCGAUACAGUAAAUACAGCGUCAAGAAUGGAGUCUACUGGAAUGCCAUUGAAAAUCCAUUGUAGUGGACCUUGUAAAGAAUUGCUUGAACGAAUGGGUGGAUAUGAUUUACAGGAGCGCGGUUUCAUACCGAUGAAGGGAAAAGGCGAUCAAAAAACGUAUUGGUUACAGGGUGAAGAUGAAAUAGCCAGACAGUAUCGCACUAAAGAACGAAACAACCGCAGAGGAUCACGUGCACUGAUGAAGGCUCAACUCGAAUCAAAACCACAUCCGAACGAUACGGGCCCCAAGAGUUCGUUGAAGAAUCGUAAUUUUCCCAAAUCCCUGAUACCUCGAUCGUCCAGUCUCGAGUCACCAAAGAAAUUGCGAUUCGCUAGCGGAAAUCUACUGUUAGAGCAUCACCGUUACCACAGAUACAGUGACGACGCGCUGAUGGAAGUACUUAGUGAUACAAGCCCACGGAAAUCAAAUGGAUCGAUCCGGUGCGAAGACAUUACCUCGUCGUGUCCGUGCAUUGAACAUUUUGGCAAUUUUUCCGAUUCGCCAACAUCUUGUCCGACAGCGUCGACCCCAUUGCUUUGAUAAUAAAGAUUGUGUGAUAAUAAAGUUUUUGGCUACCAGUGAAAGAAAUAACCAACAGGAAGUUCCUCAACAUAAAUAAAGUUGCGAUUGUUUACAAAUUGUACUUGUUCGUGUUCAACUGCUCAGUAUGACUGUAAGAUGUUUUUUUGGAAAAUAAAGAAAAACAAUUUUAUUUUGCCUGAUGGAGUUUGGAAAG